GAAUUGGUUCAACUAGUUCACUGAAAAGAACCGGUUCAAAAGAACAAUUCGUUCACGAAACUGACGUCACUAGAGACGCAGUUGUGUGUUGAUGAUAGCUGGCGCUGCUUGCUUAGACCUCUAACAAUGGCCGACACAUUGUCUCUGUUGAGUCUCGAGGACGAUUUGACAUGCAGCAUCUGUUUAUGUCUUUUCGAUAACCCAGUGAGUUUACUUUGUGGACACAGUUUCUGCACGAGCUGUCUGGAAGCGACAUGGAACGACACGACAUCCUCUUUGUUCUGCCCUCAGUGCCGUAUGCAUUUCAGCAGCAAACCCGAUCUCAAGAAGAACACCGUCCUCAGCGCUGUGGUGGAUGCCUACAUGGUAAAGGCGGGUGUCUCCGAACCCGUCAAGGAACCUGUUGAGGUGAAAAAGAAAGAUACAGGGCAAAUCAAAUGCGACAGUUGUAUGGAAGCCAAAGCGGUCAAAAGUUGUCUGACGUGUAUGGCGUCUUACUGUGAGGAUCAUGUGAGGCCUCACCGGGAGAAUGCCAUAUUCCGGGCCCAUCAGCUCUCAGACCCGCUUCCUGAUCUGCUGGAGCGUCUCUGUCCUGAUCACGGCAAGCUGAUGGAGUUGUACUGCACUCGACACCAGUGCUGCAUCUGUAGCGCUUGUCUUCAGAACAUACAUAAGGGCUGCGAGUUAAUCACAGCAGAUGAGCAGCGUUCCAAACAAAAGACUGACCUGAUUGACAAGCUCAACACUCUUGAUGUCAAAACUGACAAGAAUCAGCAAGUCAUCACGCAGAUGAAGGAGCAACAAAACAAAUUACAGGAGUCAGCUGCAUCCCGCAAACGUAUUCUUGAGGCAGAAUACAGACAGAUCAGAAAAAUGUUUGACAUAGAUGAGAAAGAGGCCAUGCUUGCCAUUGAUAAGGAACGGGACAAAGGUCAGAGCAAACUGGCCUCCCUGAUGAAGAAAUUUAAUGAGAACGUUGAGAAGAUGAAUAGAACCAAAUCUGAGAUCAACAGUCUGCUGGACCAGUCACAGUCACUCGCAUUCUUAAAGGCCUCUGUAGAUUUGCCCUCAGUGGUAAAUUUUGAGCCGUAUAACCCUCGAAUAUGUGUGGACUCUAAAGAGGUGAUAGCUUACCACUCCUCUGCAGUAGCACUGAAGGAAUGGAUCACCAAAUUACUGAGUCAGCCAUCAGAGAACAGAAUCUCUGUACUUAAACCAGAGUUUGAGAAAGCAGUUCUUGUCCAAGGUGGUGUGAACUACUCCUCUAAUAUUCCUGGAAACCAGUCCCCAGGAACCAGUGAGAAUACUGCAACCCUGCCAACCAUGUUCUCUAUUCAAACCACACAUUUGAGGUCUCCCAGUCCUGGAGCCCCUCUAAAGGCCAGAGAUUCAGGAGCAAAAAAGAAGAAUCAGCCCCAAAAGAGUCAUGCUAAGGAGCAGAAAGAUCACAAAGUGCGUAAAGACCAGAGGGCAGACAAUCAAUCUGCAAGUUUAUCAGCUCUGGAAAACUUUGUUAAAAGAAGUGACCUUCUCAAAUAUGGCACUAUCCUCAAUUUUGAUGUCAGGACAGCCCACAAGCGGAUCUUCCUCUCUGAAAAUGACACCAAAGCAACAGUCUCAGAUGAGCCCGCUAACUAUCCCGACAUUCCUACUCGCUUUUCUGUCUGUUCCCAGGUGCUCUGCACCAAGGGUUUCUCUCAGGGUCGCCAUUACUGGGAGAUCAAAAUGAGCAGCAACAACUUCUGUGGAUUAGGGCUUGCGUAUGGCAGAAUCGACCGGAAGGGUCCAUCCAGCCGUUUGGGGCGUAAUGCAGAAUCCUGGUGUGUGGAGUGGUUUAACGUGAAGCUUUCUGCAUGGCACAACAGCAUUGAGACGGUGUUGGCGAAUCCCAACCCUAGCCGCGUAGGUGUCCUGCUGGAUUGCGACGCAGGAAGUGCAACGCUCUAUAAUGUGCAGGACCGGGCCUACCCCUUCCACACUUUUGUGUUCCCUUUCUCUGAGCCUGUGUAUCCAGCUUUCUGGAUUUUCUCAAAUGGCUCUUCUGUAUCUCUGUGCAAGCUCAGUAACUAAAACUGUAUGAGGUGAACUCAUAUUAGAUUAAUGUUGAUUAUUUCAUUUUUAAUAACUUUGGUGUCUUGUUGUAUAUUAUAAUAUGGGUGUGUUUCAAAGGACCAUGGGGAUAAAAUGAGCUAAGAUUAAUGCAAAUUAAAUUUUUAAUGCAAAUUCCAGUCUGCUGUGAUAUAAUGCAUUAAGCAGACUUCCAGAAAUAAUUUCUCUAUCUUUGAAUUCUGACCAAAAAUGUAGUUGAUAGAUAUGGAUAUACACUGCCUGGCCAGAAAAAAAAGUUGCAUACCCUAAUAUUUAGUAGGACCACCUUUAGCUUCGAUUACGGCACACAUUAGUUGUGGCAUUGUUUCAACAACCUUAUGCAACAUCACAACAUUUAUUUCCAUCCAGAGUUGCAUUCAUUUUUGGCCGAGAUCUUGUACUAAUGACUGGAGAGUCGAACCACUCUGUAAAGUCUUCUCCAGCACAUCCCAAAGACUUUCAUUGGGGUUAAGGUCAGGACUCUGUGGUGGCCAAUUCAGGUGUGAAAAUGAUUCCUCAUGUUCCCUGAACCACUCUUUCACAGUUUGAGCCUGAUGAAUCUUGGCAUUGUUAUCCUGGAAUAUGCCCAUGCCAUCAUGGAAGAAAAAAUCCAUUGAUGGUAUAACCUGGUCAUUCAGUACAUUCAGGUAGUCAGCUGACUUCAUUUUGUUGCUGAGCCUAGACCUGACCAAUUGAAGCAACCCCAGAUCAUAACACUGCCUCCAGAGGCUUGUACAGUGGACACUAUGCAUGACAGAUGCAUCGCUUCAUGCGUUUCCUUCUUACCCUGAAGUGCCCAUCGUUUUGGAAUAGGGUAAAUCUGGACUCAUCAGACCACAUUACCUUUUUCCAUUGCUCCAAAGUCCAAUCUUUAUGCUCCCUAGCAAAUUUAAGUCAUUUUUUCCAAUUAGCCUCACUAACAAGUGGCUUUCUUGUGGCCACACAGCUGUUUAGUCACCAAUCCUGUAAGUUCUCGUUGCAUUGUGCGUGUGGAAAUGCUCUUACUUUAACUAUUAAAUAUAGCAGUGAGUUCUGCUGUCCAUUUUUUGUGACUUCAAGUGUUUUAGUGAUCUCCGAUCAUGAUCAUUCAAGAUUUUUCCGACCACAUUUGUUCUGCGAAGCUGAUGGUUCACCACAAUCCUUCCAGGUUUUAAUAAUGCGUUGGACAUAAUAAUGCGUUCUUAACCCAAUUCCAGUGAUUUUAGCAAUCUCCUUAGUUGUUUUCAUUCCUUGAUGCAGGCCAAUAAUUUGCCCCUUCUGGAACACAAUAACAUCUUUUCCACGACUGCAGGAAGCAUCUUCCAACAUGGUUGUUUAAGAAAUGAGAAGCUACACACUGCAUCAGUUAGGGUUAAAAGAAUUGUUGCCAGCUGAAACAUACUAAUCACAGCAAUAAUGAUCCAGUCAUAGGCUCUUAAGUAUCUGCUUAUUUAAAUCCAAACGGUGACUUUUUUUUUUUUUUUUUGGCCAGGAAGUGCACUAUAUUGAUUAACAAGGGGUAAAUUCAGUGUGUGCAUAAAUGUUAACACAUAAUAUUUCUUUGUUGAGUCUCUGUUAGUUUGGAGGUCUUAGUGUUGUUUGAUGUGUUUAACUUUAUCACAUGAACAAAUUGUCAUGUGUUGAUUUUAUUACAUGGGCAAAGUCCUUUGCCAAUGUGCUCCAGAUAGAGCUGAAGUAAGUUUGCAUGGAUUCUGACUGUAGUAUCCUGAUAUUCAUUGUCUAUUUGGAAUGCCAUGUUUUUAAGCAUGAGCAGUCCUGCCAAAUGAACAGGCGUUUAGUCAGUGUUGGGUAGUAAAUAACUACAUGUAAUCUGGAUUGUGUAAUCAGAUUACAAAAAUAAGAAUUUCUAUUACAUUAUUAGCAGGGUGUAAUCAGAUUACAGUUACUUUGUAUGUAAGAUUACAUGAUUACAAAUGGACUACAUUAUAUAUCAGUCUUUACUUUAAAAGAUGCACCCAAAGGGGGACUGAGUGGGGCUGACACACAGCAAAUUGUUGUUUGAUGUCAUGUUUAAAAAUGUUUAAUGCAAGGAGUGCAAAUUUAUACUUAAUACACAUUAAAGUAGAUUUUCAUAUAAACAUGGAAUAUGUAAUCCAAAAGUAAUCAGAUUAAAUUACCUAAAAAUGUAAUCUUAAAGAUUGCAUUACAGAUUACAAUUUUAGUUGUGUAGGUUGUAAUCAGUAUCGGAUUACACUUUAGAAGUGGUUUGCUCAACACAACACAGUUCAAUACAGUGAUCUUAAAGCACAAAGCUCAAAAUGCCAGUAAAUCUAACUGCUACCAUCUCUUUCUGACUGGGCAACCCAGAAAUGAAGUGCCUAUUGAGAGAGAUCACAUUAAAUAUAGCUGAUAAAACGGCUAGAUCUACAUACAGGCUAACAGGAACUCAAGCUUAUAUGCAUUCUGUGCACUUUAAGAUCCUUGUUUGUAUGUUAAUUUUGUUCUAGGAUCAUAGUGCAUUGUAUAAAAUAAAAGCCUACUGGUCUUGUCACAUGUAAAGCACAGGUACAUGACUAACAGUAGCCUAUUCACUUUGAUGUUGGCACAGCAUAGAUAUGACAUUAUAUGACUUGCAUUUGCUAUUUUCAGAUGAGAUCUGAUUUUUUUUUUUUUUAAAUCCACAGUAACAAGAGUUCUGUUGCUUUGGAAAAAAUAAAUCUCAAUAUAAAUUUGUAAUAUAUUUUAAGUUUCCAGAACAGCUCAGGAAGUUCUGUUCCAUGGCAUUUCUAUUUGCUUGUAUUGCUUAUUACAGUUGUGAUUGAUAUUGUAUUAAAGUGUAUAUUUAGUGUGUGCUUAAUGAAAUUUGAUGCAAAAACAACUACAGAAUAUAAAAAAUAUUUAUUGUGAUUGUUUUCUAAAGUGAAAAAAUAUACAUGAAGUUAAAUCAGAAUAAAUACAGAUUUUAAGGUACAGACUUAAACAUACCCAUGUAUCUUAUCAGAAUAUAAUAUCCUUAUAUUGAUAUAUAAUUCUUCCUCUCAUUCUCAACUGUAUUCAACAUACUUAUGGUACAAUAUGCAUUGUGUGAAUUUAUAUUCAAAAUUGACUUAAUCUUGCUUCUGAAAUGGUGAUUAUUUAAUUGUGCAGCUCACAUUGUUGCCAGUUGUAUUAGAAAAUGAAAUGCUUAAAUAAAUGGCCAAAGAAUUCUGUGA